UCUUUCGUUCAUUUCAAUUCCGUUCGUCGAUGAGAAAGGUUUAUUUCCGUGGGGAAUACUUUGUGAAAAUGUUUCCGGAGAAUUGUUAAAAAAAAUGGCUGCUAUACUUCAGCUAAAUCUCUGUACAUCCCAUUGCAAAUGAAUAAGUUUUGCAAGAAUUGAACGAAAGUGGAAGUAAUACAAGAUGUAUUUAUAUAAUUUAACCUUGCAAAAAGGCACUGGCGUUACCCAUGCUGUGCACGGAAACUUCUCGGGUGGUAAACACCAAGAGGUUAUACUUUCGCGUGGUAAAUCGCUUGAAUUGGUACGUCCAGAUUCAAAUACGGGCAAAGUCCAUACCGUACUGUCCGUAGAAGUUUUUGGCUGUAUACGUGCAUUAAUGUCGUUCAGACUGACUGGUGGCACCAAAGAUUAUAUAGUUGUUGGUUCUGACUCUGGUCGAAUUGUUAUACUAGAGUAUAAUCCUACAAAAAACUCGCUGGAUAAAGUACAUCAAGAAACAUUUGGCAAAUCGGGAUGUAGGCGUAUUGUGCCGGGCCAAUAUUUUGCCAUUGACCCAAAAGGUCGUGCAGUUAUGAUUGGUGCAGUGGAAAAGCAAAAAUUAGCUUACAUUCUGAAUCGUGACACUCAAGCACGUCUCACAAUUUCAUCACCAUUAGAAGCCCACAAGUCCAACACGCUAACAUACCACAUGGUCGGUGUUGAUGUUGGUUUCGACAAUCCUUUAUUCGCUUGCUUAGAAAUCGAUUACGAGGAGGCUGAUAAUGAUCCAACAGGUGAAGCCGCUCAACGUACUCAACAAACAUUGACAUUCUACGAAUUAGAUCUUGGACUUAACCAUGUGGUGCGCAAGUACUCUGAACCUUUGGAAGAACAUGCAAAUUUCCUCAUUUCCGUACCAGGAGGUAAUGAUGGGCCAUCAGGCGUGUUGAUUUGUUCAGAGAAUUAUUUAACUUAUAAAAAUUUGGGCGAUCAGCAUGAUAUACGUUGUCCCAUACCACGUCGUCGUAAUGAUUUAGAUGAUCCCGAUCGUGGUAUGAUAUUUAUUUGUUCAGCAACUCAUCGUACAAAAAGCAUGUAUUUCUUUUUGGUACAAACUGAGCAGGGUGAUAUUUUCAAAGUUACACUCGAAACUGAUGAUGAUGUUGUAUCCGAAAUUAAAUUGAAAUAUUUCGAUACUGUACCGCCGGCGAUAGCUAUGUGUGUGCUAAAAACCGGUUUUCUAUUUGUCGCCUGCGAAUUUGGCAACCAUUAUCUCUAUCAAAUUGCUCAUCUUGGCGAUGAUGACGAUGAACCUGAAUUCAGUUCGGCUAUGCCCCUUGAAGAGGGUGAAACAUUCUUCUUUGCCCCACGUCCAUUAAAAAAUCUUGUAAUGGUUGAUGAAAUUCCCUCGUUUGCGCCAAUAGUUUCAUCACAAGUUGCCGAUUUGGCCAAUGAGGAUACACCUCAAUUGUAUGUUUUAUGUGGUCGAGGACCACGCUCCUCAAUGCGUGUGCUACGUCAUGGCUUGGAAGUUAGUGAAAUGGCUGUAUCAGAAUUGCCCGGCAACCCGAAUGCUGUAUGGACAGUUAAGAAACGUAUUGACGAUGAGUUCGACGCUUAUAUUAUAGUGUCAUUUGUGAACGCAACGCUGGUGCUGAGUAUUGGCGAAACAGUUGAGGAAGUAACUGACAGUGGUUUCUUGGGAACAACGCCUACAUUGAGUUGUUCAUCACUAGGCGAUGAUGCCCUAGUACAAGUAUAUCCCGAUGGUAUACGCCACAUACGCUCCGAUAAGCGUGUGAAUGAGUGGAAAGCACCAGGCAAAAAAUCUAUCACAAAAUGUGCUGUAAAUCAGCGCCAGGUAGUCAUCACACUAAGUGGAAGAGAAUUGGUCUAUUUUGAAAUGGAUGCGACUGGUGAGCUUAACGAAUACACAGAGCGAUCGGAGAUGCCAAAUGAAAUCAUGUGCAUGGCCUUGGGUCAAGUGCCAGAGGGCGAGCAGCGUUCAUGGUUUUUAGCUGUCGGCUUAGCAGACAAUACAGUACGCAUUAUAUCUCUGGAUCCAAAUAACUGCUUAUCGCCCUGUUCGAUGCAAGCUUUGCCGUCGCCUGCUGAGUCGCUUUGUAUUGUCGAAAUGGGUCAUACAGAAAAUACGACGAGCGGUGCAAAUGAUGAGCCCAGUGAACGCAGCGCCAACGCUUCGACAAAAGGCACUAUCUAUCUAAAUAUCGGUCUUAGCAAUGGUGUUCUUCUGCGUACUGUACUAGAUCCCGUUUCGGGCGAUUUGGCUGACACUCGUACACGUUAUCUUGGCUCUCGCCCAGUAAAGCUCUUUCGUAUACGCAUGCAAGGCUCUGAGGCUGUAUUAGCCAUGUCAAGUCGUACCUGGCUCUCAUAUUAUCAUCAGAAUCGUUUCCAUUUAACACCUCUGUCGUAUGAAACUCUAGAAUACGCUUCAGGUUUCUCCAGUGAACAAUGUAGCGAAGGUAUCGUUGCAAUCUCAACAAAUACUUUGCGUAUUUUGGCUUUAGAAAAGUUGGGUGCCGUAUUUAAUCAAGUCUCCUUUCCGCUCGAAUACACGCCACGUGCGUUUGGCAUACAUCCAGAUACAGGACGUAUGAUUAUUGCGGAGACAGAUCAUAAUGCUUACACAGAUGAGACGAAAAAUGCACGUAAACAGCAAAUGGCAGAGGAAAUGCGCAUGGCAGCUGGCGAAGAAGAACGUGAGUUGGCCAAUGAAAUGGCAAAUGCAUUUAUAAGCGAAAUUUUGCCUGAGGAAACAUUCUCCUCACCGAAAGCCGGAUUGGGAUUGUGGGCAUCACAGAUACGUGGCUUGGACCCCAUACAUGGUCAAACAUUAUUCAAAGUACCACUUGUACAAAAUGAGGCAAUCAUGUCCAUGUGUAUAUUGAAGUUCAACAUUGCCGCUGAUGGUCGUUAUUAUUUGGCCGUUGGUGUAGCUAAGGAAUUGCAACUAAAUCCGCGCAUAACAAAUGGCGGAUGCAUUGAUAUUUACAAAAUCGAUCCAACCUGUUCGAAUAUUGAGUUUAUGCAUCGCACUGAAAUCGAAGAGGUGCCUGGCGCAUUAGCUGGUUUCCAGGGACGUUUGCUGGCCGGUUGUGGUCGUAUAUUGCGUAUAUACGACUUGGGCAAGAAAAAGUUGCUAAGAAAAUGUGAGAACAAACACAUUCCAUAUCAAAUUGUCAACAUACAGGCAAUGGGUCAUCGUGUCUAUGUAUCGGAUGUACAAGAGUCAGUGUUCUUCAUACGCUAUAAACGCGCUGAAAAUCAACUUAUUAUAUUUGCUGAUGAUACACAUCCACGUUGGGUCACUGCUACUACUUUGUUGGAUUAUGACACAAUUGCGAUAGCUGAUAAGUUUGGAAAUAUGAGUAUACAACGCUUGCCACACUCUGUUACCGAUGAUGUGGACGAAGAUCCAACUGGUACUAAGUCGCUAUGGGAUCGCGGUCUGUUAUCGGGUGCCUCACAAAAGUCUGAGAAUAUUUCAUCCUUCCAUGUUGGGGAAAUUGUAAUGUCACUCCAGAAGGCCACUCUAAUACCAGGUGGCUCUGAGGCAUUGAUAUAUGCAACUCUCAGUGGCACAGUGGGCGCUUUCGUACCAUUCACUAGUCGCGAAGAUUUCGACUUCUUCCAACAUUUGGAAAUGCACAUGCGCAAUGAGAAUCCACCGUUAUGUGGACGCGAUCAUCUGAGCUAUCGCAGCUCCUACUAUACGGUGAAAAAUGUAUUGGACGGCGACCUUUGCGAGCAGUACUUGUCUAUUGAUCCGGCCAAACAAAAGAGCAUUGCCAGCGAUAUGUUCCGCACACCGAAUCAGAUAUGCAAGAAACUGGAAGACAUUCGCACGCGUUAUGCGUUCUAAGUUGUCGAAGCCGACAUUAUUCAUACCAACAACAAAAAGAUGGCGUUUAGCAGAUUAUUUUCAACAUAUUUAUAUAGAGUUAAGUGUCUAACUUUAGGAUUCAUCAUUCAUGCUGUAAUUGGCGUUUAUUAGUUUAAUUGGCUCUAAUGUAGACUACAUUUAAGGAUACUGCUGGGAACUCUUAAAGAUCUCAACAGUUUUUUUUUUUGUAAAUUUUUAUUGAAAAAACAACCACUCAUCGACUGCCCAUUUCAAGAUUUACAGCCCGACUUUCAAUUUUGUUAUAACUCAAAACAAACACAUUUUCAACAUAUUCUUCUGAAAUCUAUGGCUGCUGCAAU